GUUGCAAGCACAAACCACACGGGGUUAUUUUCUGUCUUCAUACCCAUGCAGGUGCACCUACAGAAGUUGCAUGCUGUUCCUCCGAGGAGAGCGAGUUUCUGAAGAACUUGUGGUGUAAAAGAUGAGUGACUCACUGGAGAGGACUACAGACUGUCCCUUGCCGUUUCUUGGAGAUGACUCCAGCCCCAAUGAGGAGAGAGAGAGCCCGACAGGAACAAGUGAGAUACGCUGGGAAGAUGGAGGUCUACCUGUUGAGCUGCAGAGAGGGAUGGAGACUCUACGAGUGAACAGAGAACUGACCGAUGUGAUACUGAGUGUUCAAGGGCAUGACUUUCCCUGCCAUAGAGCCAUACUUGCUGCUGCCAGUCAGUACUUCAGGGCAAUGUUUUGCAGUGGUCUGAAGGAGACUCAUGAGGAGUGCGUGCAAAUAAAGGGGUUGGACAGUGGGACAAUGGCCUCUCUCCUGGAGUAUACCUACACCAGCCGAGCCCUCCUCACACACUCAAAUGUCCAGAGAAUACUUGAGGCUGCCAGUCAAUUUCAGUUCCUGCGUGUCGCGGAUGCAUGUGCUGGCUUUCUGAGCAAGUCCCUGCACCUGGAGAACUGUAUCGGGGUCCUGAAUCUGGCUGAAAGCCACGCCCUGUCAGACCUGACAACCAGGGUUCAGGACUACAUCACCUCUCAAUUCUCCCAGGUGGUCCAGCAGCAGGACUUCCUGGAGCUGCCGGCAGAGUCACUGGAGACCAUCCUGCAAAGAGACGACCUUGAUGUGAAGUUUGAGGAGUGUGUUUUUCAGGCACUCAUGCGCUGGGUGAAAGCCCAGCAGGAACAACGCUAUCCUUUACUGGCCAGGUUGCUCUCGCAUGUGCGACUGCCACUGCUGGAGCCAGCAUACUUCGUAGAAAAAGUGGAGUCGGAUGAACUGAUACGCCACUGCAGUGAAGCUUUUCCUUUGUUGCAAGAGACCCGCGCUUAUCACCUCUCUGGCAGGGAGGUGGUCUCUGAACGAACCAAGCCCCGUUUGCGGCACUUUCUCUCAGAGGUAUUCUUGAUCAUCGGAGGCUGCACUAAAGAAGAACGCUUCAUUUCCACGGUUACCUGUUUGGACCCCCUUAGACGCAGCAGAUUAGAGGUUGCCAGGCUGCCAAUGACAGAGAUGGAGGAUGAGUCCCAAAACAGAAAAUGGGUUGAGUUUGCUUGCAUCACCUUCCGCAAUGAAUUGUACAUAUCUGGAGGUAAGGAGACACAACAUGAUGUUUGGAAAUACAAUGGCGCCCUGGACAAGUGGAUCCAAAUCGAGCCCCUGACAACAGGCCGCUGGAGACACAAGAUGGCGGUCCACGAGGGGAAGGUGUAUGCACUGGGUGGAUUCGAUGGAGUUCAGAGACUUGCUAGCGUAGAGGCCUAUGAUCCCUUUCACAAUCGCUGGACACAGGUGACACCUCUUGGAGUAGGUGUGAGCUCCUUCGCUGCUGCAAGCUUUGACAGAUGGAUCUAUGUGAUUGGUGGUGGGCCGAAUGGAAAGCUGGCAACUGAUAAGGUUCAGUGCUGGGAACCUGGGACAGACUGCUGGGAACUACGGGCGCCAAUUCCCAUUGAGACCAAAUGCACAAAUGCUGUUACAUUCAAGAACUGCAUCUAUGUAGUUGGUGGUGCCAUGCAUGCCAUGUACUGCUACUCCCCUCUGUCUGACUCGUGGUCCCUUGUGACUCGUCUUGGGGAAAGGGCAAGCUGCGCCAUCGCUGCCUGUAACAACAAACUCUUCAUCACCGGAGGUCGGGAUAACAAAAACCAAGUUAUCUCCACAGUGAUGUGCUGGGACGUUGCCCGAGGGGUGCUCACAGAGGAGUGUGUUUUACCUAUGGGAGUGUCACAUCAUGGCAGUGUGACACUCAUGAAGUCCUACACACACAUACACAGAAUAGCACCUGCUUCAGAGUGCCAAUGACACAGACCUUGGUCACAGGACUUUAUUGUUGACGAGAGUGGGAGUGAGAGGAUGCCUAAAAAGUAAAAUAAAAUGUGUUUAAAAAGGAGCAAAAUGUUUUAAUAUGCAUUACAAUGCUAAUUUAAUGUGCCACUUUCCCUUAUUGGAAAUCAUUAUGUUUUGACUAAAGUAAGGAUUGCAAACCUUUUUACAAAACUUUAUUUUUAUACAAUGUUUCUGUCCUUUAUUAAAAAAAAAGAGAUAUGUUGUUGGUUCUUUCCAUUCUGUUUUAGAGAAAUAAACUAGUACAAUAAAUUAGUACAAUAUCACAACCAAGCA